UCCUGGGGAUGACAGUCUUUGUUGCUAUAUUUAUCCUAAAACAGUUCCAUUUUAACAUAUAGUUCUGUGUUUUGUAAACAAAAAAUCUUAUAUGUGUUCAUUUGAAAUUUUCGAGAGGUCAUCUAUGGUAGAAUGUGAUGAAAUCGAGCCCAGGUUGUUUUUAGGAAAUCUGGAUGCAGCAGAGAGUGAAGAAACUUUAAAGAACUAUGGAAUAACUCACAUUCUGACUGUAUAUAUGUUUCCCAUCACAAAACCAGAAGGUUUAGAAAUAGAAACUCUAUUUAUUGAUUUGGAGGAUUCUCCAGAUUGUGACAUAUUAUCAUGUUUCGAAAGAUCAAAUGCUUUUAUCAAAGAAGGACAAGAAAAAGGAGCAUGUCUUGUGCACUGUUAUGGUGGAGUAUCUCGCAGUGCAACAUUAGUUGUAGCAUAUCUGAUGAAGAAGUAUAACAUAGGAGUAGAUGAAGCCCUUCAAAAAGUUAAAGAGAAAAGAUAUUCUGCAUGUCCUAAUGCUGGAUUUUUAUCUCAGUUGAGAUUAUAUGAAAACAUGAAGAACACCCUAGAUGAAGACAACAUUGAUUACAAAAUUUUUUCACUGUACCAUCUAGGGAGACAAGUGUCAAUGGGCAAUAAUUUUGAUGCCAUUCAGAAUUAUUUAGCCAGAUUCAAAGAGAAGGCGGCACUUGAUGGAGACAAAUUUAAAUGUAAAGAAUGCAGAAAAUGCUUGUUUCUACAAAGCAAUGUCAUACCUCACAUCCAAGGGCAAGAUUUGUACUGGAAUAAUUUUGCCCAGCAGCUCAUCUCAGAACAAUCACAAACAAUUUGUAAAAAAUCAUUAUUCAUUGAAUUUUUGCCAUGGAUGAUUGAAGCACACCAAUCUAUGUCAGGAAAGAUUCAUUGCCCGACAUGUGAUUCAAAAAUCGGAACUUUCUGCUGGAAAGGUCAGCUAUGUACUUGUGGUGCCACAAUAUCCCCCAGUUUCAAAGUCAUUGAGAGCAAACUGGAUAAAGAAUUUCAGCAUAGUCCAACAAUACAGAAUCAGCUCAACCUUCACCACGUCACUUAAAUGUACAUCAUUGUAAUUUAAACGUUUGUUUGUGCCUGCAUCAAUAAAGUUUUUAUCAAA